AAGAGCGUCAUACCUCUUUUUACGGCCAGCGACGUCCGCUUUCCAUAAUUAGAGAACGACGAAACGUGGAUGUUGUCAAAUGUCUUAUUCACCAGGAUCUGUUGUCUGACUAUUUAAUUCAAAGUUCCUUUUAAAUAGCAGAUUGGGAAAAUUUUAGUCAAGUGAACAAAAAUGACGGGACAGUCGGCUUUGUUGCUACGUAAACAAUUAGCAGAUCUGAACAAGAACCCCGUAGAAGGCUUCUCGGCUGGUCUUGUGGACGAUAAUGACAUCUUUCAGUGGGAAGUCGUCGUUAUUGGACCACAGGACACACUCUUUGAAGGAGGUUUCUUCAAGGCCACGUUAACAUUUCCAAGGGAUUAUCCUUUGAGACCACCAAAAAUGAAGUUCAUCACGGAAAUCUGGCAUCCAAAUGUUGCAAAAAACGGUGACGUAUGCAUCUCAAUCCUGCACGAGCCCGGAGAAGACAAGUAUGGGUAUGAGAAGCCGGAGGAACGCUGGUUGCCAAUCCAUACGGUGGAGACCAUCAUGAUCAGCGUCAUCUCCAUGUUGGCAGACCCCAACGGAGACUCACCCGCAAAUGUGGACGCGGCGGUAAGUUGGUGUGCGAUUGUCGACACCUUUUGUGGGAAAGACCGAAUGUUCACAUGUGUAUGUGUGGCGCCUUUGCAGAAAGAGUGGCGUGAUGAUCCCAGAGGUGUUUUUAAAAAAAAGGUUGCACGUUGUGUGCGGAAAAGUCAAGAGAUGGCUUUUGACUGACGUCUCAAUUGAAGAUUAAACGAGUGGUACAACAAAGUCCACUUCGGAGUUCUGACCCAUCAUAUUUCCGGACUUCAAAAGAUUCAGCAAAAGCCAUCAGUUGUUUAUUUCCCCCCCCCCCCCCCCCCCCCCCCCCAAGAAUCUCAAUCCAUAUUUUAGUUUUCCCUUCAUAUAAAGUAUUUAUUUUUAAACAAGAACCUUUUUUUUUUUUUUUAAAUAAGUCUGCCACACUGAGCCAUACAGUGCCUUUUAUAAAACCAAACUGAGGGCUAGUGUUGUAGAAAAACAAAAAGGGCAUAUCAGAAUAGAAUGCAUGUCGUUUACAAUCUUUGCUGUGGCGAGUGUUAUUAAAUAGAGUAGUUGUGUGAAAUUGAUUUGUUUUGUUUUGGAGGAUAGUGCUGUUAAAUAAAUUUCAACCGUUACCAACUCA